UUUUAAUAAUUACUAUGUUUUGAUAUAUAUGUACAGUAAUAGUUUCUUCAUAAAAAAUGGCUGCUCUUGGAAAACUUCUGCUCUUUGACAAUCCAGGAUUAUAUUCCCAUCAAAAUUUCAAAUGUGUAAGAAUUACCCAACCUCAACCUGUCAUUAAGAUGUGAUAUUGCAAUGAUUAUAAUUUUAACUAUCUAAUCCAACUUAGUCAUGAUAGAUCAUGACUGUUCUACAGUGCUGCUCAGCAGAAAUUUUGUAUUUGUAGCAUCUUUAUCAGAACUCAACAGAAAAUGGUGGCUGCAUUCCCUGUAGUCAAAUUGGGAGCAUUGCUUGUAAAGCAAGUUAGCAAACCUUUAGCUAGUUUUGUGAAGAAAAGAGCAGUGAACAAUGCAUUCUUCAGGAAUUAUAUAUGUGUGCCUCCAGCUCAAUUUUACAACUGGUGUGAUGUGCGCAUGAAGAUGUACCUAAGCAACAUCAUUCGCACUGAAGACAGUGUACCUAUUCCCAAGCUUACUGAGCAAGCUGCUAUAGAACUUGGAGCCAAUUUAUUAGGUGAAUUUGUCAUCAUUGCGGUGGCAUCAUCAAUCCUGCUAUGGGAGUACAACAGACAACAAGGCAAAGAAGAGAUUAGGGAACGAAAAGAAACGGAAUUUGUCAACCAGCUGGAGCAGCGCAUCACUGAUCUGGCAUUUGAAAAUGCCGAACUUGACGCUAAAAUAAGGGAGCUCACCAGACUCGUCUACAGCACACCUACCAUCAUGGCCAACCACACGAAGGCUCUCAGGGAGAGCAGUUCUGUUGAGGCUGACAGCGACUCUGCUAUCAACAAGGCCGUGAAGGAAGCACAAACUAAGAUUAGUCCCAGAAUCUAAAUCUUAUGCAGCUAGUCAUUGCAUUUACUUUGGUGUAUGUAUGUGUUGGAAUAGUACAACUCCUUGUUGAAAUGUACUGAAAUAGUACAACUCCUUCCUAAUGUCAAAACUUUUACCAUGAAAGGACUAAACUCACCGACUCCUUUUGUUGUGGAUGUUUUGUUUUGUCUGUUGUGCUGGUCACUACAAAAACAUUGGAUCGGACAGAAUUGCCAUUAAAAAAUAUCCAUCGAUCUUAUUUACGAAUAUUUCUCCAUCAAAUUAAUUGUCAUUGAUCUCUGUCACUAUUAAAACAAUAUUAAUCUCGAGUGAAAUUCUAUUUUAAAUGCGCUCAUCUAAAAAUGCCGUCAAAUCCUUUCAGGAGUAUCAAGGCUUGUCGACUGCUUAGGAUUAAAACGAACGUAAAGAAUGAACUCUAAUUCGUUAAUCAUAAUAAACCCCAUUAUGAUCGUCUCAAGUCAAUUAGCUUGCAGCCCACAAUGCAGCUCUGUGAAGUCGUCUCCAUUUAAACGUUAUUUUCGUUGCCUUCCAAGUAUCUAUUAAUCAACACAACUGAAAAGUAACCGAAUUAUGUCGCGGUUUUGAACUUUUUGCUCCACGAGGUGGAAUUCUAGUACAACGUUUCAUGAAGCAGCAACUGGCGCUGGCUGCAUUUGGACACAACUGUUUGCAUGCCUUCAAAAGAUGAACAUUAUUGAACAACCGAUGAAUUUUUAGAAAUAUUGAAUACCGUUUAUAAUGAAUAGCAAAAUAAAUGUGAAUAUUAAAGAAUUCGCAUCAUACAGGUUUUAGCAUGGUAUGGUCGUUAUUUAUUGAGAUAAGCAGGAUUAUGAUAGUUUUAAUGAUGAGCGUGAGUGAAGGAUAACAUUUUUUGUGAAUGAAGAAUCACCACUUGGAUGUAGUAGAUGUGUACACUAUGAUGUCGGGUGGAAGCAUUUGCUUGCAUUGCGAUUAACUUUGAGAAAUGUGAGAAUCUUUUUUGUGUUCGUUACGGUAACUCUGUUGAUUAUUUUUUAAUUGAAUAUUGGUUUAAUUUUAUUUUUCAGCUUUUUGACUUCAACUGUGUUUCUUGGGAAACAGCCACGUAUUCUAGUUAUAACAAAAUCUUUUUUCAAAAAUUAAUUGUAUGUCAUCGAAAAAAAAUUACACGGGUGAGACUUGUAUAUUUUCAAUUGGUCGACAUUUAUCGUCUUAAGUCCGCGCCUGGGUCUCUUUCAGUCCCUGGCUUGGUGAGUUGAUAGGUUGAAGAGCGUCGUUACUGCAGGGAAUUCAUCCUUUAUUUGCUGGUCAUAGGUGGUCGAGAAAUGAGCUUUGAGGAAAUUGCUAAGAUUAGUAGCGAGAAUUUGUAAGAUAAUGUACAGUAUAUACGUUACGAAUGAGUUCUUUUAUUGCAAUACAAUCGCCCCCAUCA